CUCGUCUGAAGUAACGUUGUACCGAGCGUUCAAGAAACCUUCAGGUACGCAGAGCAGUAAUGCGAGCAAACGCAGGAUAAGCGAGGCGAUCCGUACUUUUUCGACGUACUCGUACAGGUGUUAUACUCAAUGGGUGGAGGAUGGCUUCAUACACCUUCAGAUGCGUUUUGUUCGAUGAAUUUCAAAAUUGCUGAAGAUUCUUAAUUCUAUCAACAUGGCCAAGCAUUAUAAAACUUCUCAUUGGAAAGGCAAUACCUGGAACUGCCUGCCGGUUUAACGUACAGAACUAUGAGCCUACAGACAAAAAACUUAAACUGUUGUGGCAAAAACACAAAUCAUACUUGGAAACACGUGCAAAUAUAGUUAAAUAAAUGAUCAACAAUAAAAUCGCACACAUCACAUCUUGCAAACUUGACUGUGACUUUGAUAUAUUUUCACCCUGUUCUCUAAUGAGAGCCAUAUUUGCAAACUGCUGCACGCCACCAUGACCAAUGUUACAGUUUACUCUGCAAAUUUCUCUGGUGGUUCAGAAUCAGGUAAUUUGUAUCGGCCAUUUUCUGUCUUCAGCGUACUCACUCUUACAUUGUUGGCCAUGCUAGCAGUGGCCACUUUCCUUUGGAACCUUCUAGUGUUGGUGACCAUCCUGAGGGUUCGCACGUUCCAUCGCGUUCCCCACAAUCUGGUUGCUUCCAUGGCCAUUUCAGAUGUGAUGGUUGCAGGACUGGUCAUGCCUCUCAGUCUGGUUAGGGAGCUUUAUGGUCGGCGAUGGAUUCUGGGACGGGCCCUGUGUCAGGUCUGGAUCUCCUGCGAUGUGCUUUGCUGCACGGCCAGUAUCUGGAACGUGACAGCCAUUGCCCUAGAUCGCUACUGGUCCAUUACGCGGCACCUGGAAUACACGCUCAAGACACGUAAGAGAAUCUCCAAUGUGAUGAUAGGCCUCACGUGGCUACUGUCCUCUGUUAUCUCACUUUCUCCACUUUUUGGUUGGGGUGAGAUCUACUCAGAGAAGAGCCUGGCUUGUCAAGUAAGCCAGGAACCUUCCUACACAGUUUUCUCUACCUUUGGAGCCUUCUACUUGCCCCUCUGUGUGGUUCUUUUCGUUUACUGGAAGAUCUACAAGGCUGCCAAGUUCCGCAUUGGCUCUCGCAAGACCAACACCAUCACACCCAUGGCUGAGGUCAUCGAGGUGAAAGAGGCAGAACGCCAGCCGCAGAUGGCCUUUACAGUUCGCCACGCCACUGUAUCGUUCCAGACGGAUGGCGAGACGUGGAGAGAACAGAAAGAGAGGAGAGCGGCUCUGAUGGUGGGCAUCCUGAUUGGCGUGUUCGUGCUCUGCUGGAUUCCUUUUUUCCUUGCCGAGCUCAUCAUUCCGCUGUGUUCAUGUGAUAUCCCCCCUGUCUGGAAAAGUGUCUUUCUCUGGCUGGGAUACUCAAACUCUUUUUUUAACCCACUCAUCUACACAGCCUUCAACAAGAACUAUAACAAUGCUUUCAGAAACCUUUUCACAAGACAACGAUGAGGAACGGAAGGGCGAAAAACUGGACCGAAAACCUAGAGGUUUCGUGAAGGGAAAUCGAGACGAAUAGAUGACGUCUACUCAGUUCAGAGACAGAUGAGAAGAUACACAACACAAGUGCAUGAAUGAAUUUAACCUCGGUUCAUAGAGGAAGAGAGGCAAAUGACAGAGAAAUUGUGUCCUUGUUAUGUCUCUUAUUAUCAUAUACUUGUCUGUUGGCAAUAUUGCGUAAAAAUCUAUUUAUAGCUGCUGAUGAUAUCUUUAUGGUUAGAAAAGGUGGAAAUCAUCUGUACAGUAAAUCAGUGCAGAAUGCAAGUCUGUUGAAAAGUGCUAUGUUCUGAUCUGUCUUUUAGCAAAACUGAACCACUGAUUGUUAAACACAUCCAACAAUACUUCAACUGCCCAUAGACCUCGAAAUCGAUGUACUCGUGAGAGGAAAACCGUGGCUGUGUUCCAGUGGGUGACAAACCCCCCCCCCCACCCAAAAGGAUUCAUUUACAACCUUUUACUCCAUCCAAAAAUUCUUGGCCAAAGGGAAAUUUAACAUGGGCACUUAAAGUCUCCAAUGCAUUAUUUUUCAUCUAAUUUAUUUUUUCUUAUGAGAAAAGUCAAUGUGUAAAAGAUGAACAAGGACAAUAGUAUGAUUUUAGAUGAGGAAGUGGUAAAAUGAAGUGACACUGUCAUCACGUGGAGCAGAAAAUAUGAGGACACACAAAAAAAGAUCAACCCCAUGGACCUUUUGGAUAAAGAAGAUUGUUAUCUCCUCUCGUGAAUGCUUUUGUUGGCAGGCAGAAAAUCUUAGGAUUUAUAUGCAGUCUGUUUCAUGAAUGGAUCUUGUAGCAAAGUAAACUGAAAAAAGUACAUCAUACCAAAUGUAAACAUACCUGAAUAUGUGGCAGUUGUAAAAAAAUGGCUGGAUUAAUCAUGCAUUCAAGGUUUUUAAAGAUGGUGAAAGUUGGACUUCAUUGGUUUAUUUGAAUGAGUAAAUGAGGCAUGUCAAAUUUUA